AUGUCUCUCGAGCUCAUCAAUGCCGACCUGCGCGCGUCCUUCGAGCUUCAUCGAUCUCAUGUUCUGCAGCUAAGACGAAAUUGCCUCGCGAGAUUGUUCGAAAUCCUCGAGAUAUCACCGGACACCACUGAUCCUGAGGAGCUCGAUAUUGUUCGCGCGGAAGAAUGGCCAAAGAAUGCCGUUGAUCGCCUGACCAAUGCCAUCAGAAGCAGCGCCGACUUUCUCGCGCUAAUCACGGAUGGCACAAGAUCGCCUCUAUCGGAGGAGGAACGUCUGCAGAUUCUCACCAAGAUUGAAGCAACCCUUCGAGACCGACCUUCUCUGGACACUGAUCCUGUGGCCCUUCCUGAAGACUUCAAGCAGCUUUGUGCACUGACAGACUCGCUCCAAGGACCCGCUUUGCCGAUGACUGAAUCACAGAUUCCUUGUGCGUUCAGUGGUUUACGAACGCCACUAGCAUCGCUCAAACAUCCCUUGCUCUCCCCUGAUCAGUUGAAGCAAUCCACUGGUCUCUGGACUCUGGGCUACGAGGCCUCUAUCGUCUUGGACAUGGGCGAAGUGUCAGGUGGUGCUGGUGGUGGUUCCUGGCUAUGUUGGUGCAAGCAAGACGGCACGGAUGAUUGGAGGUGGAGAUGGGCCACUCGUAUCGGUUACGUACAACCACCUGCUAUCUAUGAGGAUGUCAAGGAAUUGUUAGAUCGAUACUGGAGAACAUAUGUGGAUGCUGUUGCCUCGUCCUACGACGGUGACAUCGGUCAAGAAGAGCUGUUAUAG